AGGCAAGCUACUGAGGCAAAGGUUCAUACUACUGCUCCAAAGUUCAGCAUCUGUAGUCUGCUCUGUCACAUUUUGGGGAGGGGGUCUAGAUCUGUCCUCUCUCCUGCUGCACUGACAUUGCCCUGUAUCGACGUAGACUGUAAGAAUCCUGACUGAAUCAUGUCUGACAAUAUUCUUGAAGAAAUCUUCAUAAAACGAUCGCAGCAGAAGAGGAAAACUUCCCCGUUAAACUACAAGGAGAGAUUGUUUAUCCUCACCCAAGAAAAAAUAGCCUACUAUGAUUUUGAUUCUGACAAAGGGAAGCGAAAAGGCUUGAGGGGAUCUGUUGACCUUGAGAAGAUCAAGUGUGUAGAAACGGUCCAGCCAGAGCCCAAUGCACCACAGGAGCGCAUGUAUGCAUUCCAGAUUAUUUAUGAUGAGGGACCACUGUACAUUUUUGCAAAGACUGAAAGUAUUCGGGCUCAGUGGAUAAAGCAGUUGAAAAAAAUGGUGCGUUUUAAUAGGGAUCUGAUGCAGAAGUAUCAUCCUUGUUUCUGGGUGGAUGGGAUAUGGCUGUGCUGUCAGCAGGAAGUUAAACAAGCUAUGGGCUGCAAGGUGCUGGAUGGUAAGAACGGCUUCACAUCUCAACAAUCUCAACGAAGGGGAUCAAGGAAACCUCUUCCUCCAACCCCAACAGAGGAGAAGCCAGGUCGACCUUUGCCUCCUCAGCCACCAGAGCAGCCCCCCCCCUCCACAGGCAUGACCGUCACAGCAGAGUAUAAUUACACACCCAUGACGCCCCAGGACCUGGAGCUGAGGAAGGACGAAGAGUACACCAUCCUUGAGAUGUGUGAUGCUAACUGGUGGAGAGCCCGGGACAAAUACGGAAAUGAAGGCUAUAUACCUAGUAAUUAUGUUGUGGAAGCAGAAAAGGGGCUAGAAAAGUUUGACUGGUAUUGCAAGAAUACAAACCGCAGCCAGGCAGAAACCCUGUUAAAGACAGAGAACAAAGAUGGAGGGUUCUUGGUACGGGACUCAAGCAAAGCUGGGAAGUAUACAGUGUCGUUGUUCAGCAAGGGCGGCGGGGAAACUGGAGGAAGCUGCAGACAUUAUAACAUCUGCACCACCUCACAAGGACAGUUCUACCUGGCAGAGAAGCAUAAUUUCAGCACAAUCCCAGAGCUCAUCAACUACCACCAACACAACGCAGCAGGUAUGGUAAGCAGGCUGAAAUACAUCGUAUCUAACCGGGUGCGACCUCCGUCGAUAGCCGGACUGGGCUAUGGUGUGUGGGAGAUUGACCCCCUUUAUCUGACCUUCAUCAAAGAGCUGGGCACUGGUCAGUUUGGAGUGGUGAAGUAUGGAAAGUGGCAGGGCAAACAUGAUGUGGCCAUAAAGAUGAUUAAAGAGGGAUCCAUGUCAGAGGACGAUUUUAUAGAAGAAGCCAAAAUAAUGAUGAAGCUUUGUCACCAGAACCUGGUCCAGCUAUACGGUGUGUGCACCAAACAAAGACCUAUUUAUAUAGUGACUGAGUUUCUGUCCAACGGCUGCCUGCUGACGUACCUCAAGGAGGGUCUGAAGCAGCACCCAACAAACGUUCAGCUCCUGGAGAUGUGUAAAGAUGUCUCUGAGGGCAUGGCCUACCUUGAAUCACAACAGUAUAUCCACAGGGACUUGGCUGCAAGGAACUGCUUAGUGGAUGGCAACGGAACUGUUAAAGUGACUGAUUUUGGAUUGUCAAGGUAUGUCUUAGAUGAUGAGUACACAAGCUCAGCUGGUUCAAAGUUCCCUGUUCGCUGGUCGCCUCCAGAGGUCCUCCUGUACUGCAAAUUCAGCAGCAAGUCUGACAUCUGGGCAUACGGGGUUCUAAUGUGGGAGGUGUACACACUGGGACGUCUUCCAUAUGAACGCCUCAACAAUACGGAAAUAGUUGAUCAGGUGUCCAGGGGUCUGCGCCUCUACCGCCCCCAGCUGGCCAAUGAGAAGGUCUACAGCAUUAUGUCUAGUUGUUGGUUGGAAAAAGCAGAAGAAAGACCCACCUUUCAGGAGCUGGCGUCAAAUGUUCAGGACCUUCUGUAUGAGCUCCAGUAAAGCCUCAAGAAAACCACAGAGACAUGCUUUAAUUAAAUUAAGUUAAAACAGGUUGAAGUUGGGACCUCUGCAAUGUGAAUAUGUGUAAUGUGAAUGUGUAAGUCACUGAUUGGAAUAGCUCACAUACCACUAUUAGAAGUACAGUUAUUAUCCUAUAGACAGGUAAAUGUGUAUAUAUACGUGGGAUUCAAAGCCUGUUGUGCAUGUCAGUUCUGUAUUCUGGUGAUUCACUGUGGAAUGUAGCCCUUUGCAUGUUUAAACAAGCUUUUAAAAUAUCCUAUCUAUUGCGUAAAUAAAACUUAAAUUAAAACAUCUGACCCGGCAUUUUUGAUACAUUAAUAAAACUUCAACUGUACGUAUUUUGCAUCCAAGACCCAAUGGUUGGUUGUAGAUGAAAUACCUGAUACUCCCUUAUAUUUUAGGAAAGGAGACUAACGCGUAAAGACCCAGCAACAGCAACCGGCAACCA